GUCCAGUCUUUAUAGAGUGAGAGAGCGUUGAUAUAUGGAAGUGCCCCAUGUCUCACUUAUCUUUUGAAAUUUCUUGAAAAACGACACAUUGGAUCAGGCCUCAGGGAACAUCUGGCAGUUGGCACAAUGACUUUGUCUGUGUGUGACAUUAUUCAAUGCUCCAAAAUUGUGGAUCAGUCUGAGGUGGUCCGAUUCCCGCCCAUCUCGCGGGUGCAGGACCGCGUGCGCUGGUGGACAGCCCUAUUUGGUCGCGUCAAUUUCCAUAUGACAGCCAGCUCGGCCUUGCGGGUCAUUGUGUGUCCGCGUCACUUCUCGAAACUGGACGACGAGUUUCCUGUCCCGGACCGGGAAUUGCCGGCGCGCCUGAAGCGGCUGAUGCCGAUCCCCACAGAACUGGUGCGAGAGGACGGCAGCACCAAUGUGCGGACCUACUCACGGCGCAAGGACGCACCGCUGGCGCCCACGGCUCCGCUGGCCGCCCUCUCGCCGGUGCGGUACAAGGCGAUCGCUCCGGCGGCGCCGCUGCCGCCGCGGCCUGCGGUGCGGCCCGUCCAGCUGAGGCCGGUGACAUGCACUGCGGUGCCGGCUGCUCCGGCCGUCAUUAGGCAGCUGGUGCCGGCGCCGGUGCAGCAGCAGUUCCGGAUCUUGCAGGCGGCACAGCCGGCCCUGGCGCCGGCGCCCGCCUCGUUCCACGUGGUGUCGGCUGGCGGCGGUGCCAGCGUUGGCAGCGGUCCUGGAAGUGUGCUCCAGCUGGUGGCCACCAGCAGGGCGGGCGGUGGCGGCGGCUCGGCCGUCCAGCUGGUGCCGGCCAGCGGCGGCCAGCUGCUGCUGAUGCCGCCCAGCCAGCCGGCCGCGACGCAAGUCAGCACUCUGGCGCCCCGCGUGCCGAUGGUCAUGGUGAACUCCAGCAGCCGGCCCGUGCCGGCCGCCCAGCCGCAGCAGCAGCGGCGGGCGCUGGCGCCUCGUCCGCAGCUGCCUCAUCAGCCGCUAGUUCUGACUAGCAACUACGAGCGCCAGGCUCGCCGCCCGGACACUGCCAUCCAGGCUCUGACCAUCACCAGCGUGCAGUCCGAGUCGCAGAAAACCGAGGACGACGACGUGCAGGUAACGGACGUGGCGUUCGGCCUACCGUGCACCGAGCUGGCCGAGCGCAUCAAGACGGAGGUGGUCGAUCUGGCCGAGAACGGCUCAGAGUCCGUCGGCGAGCCGCCGGGCAGCGAGUCUCCGCCGGAGACGGCGGACGGUGGUCCGGAGACAGGCGACGGCGGUCCGGCCGACUCGGCGCCCGAUCCGGCACCGGCAGUCAAAGAAGAGCCCUCGGACGAGGAGUACGAGCUGCCGCUGCAGCCGCUCGUGAAACUGGAGGAGCCGGACGAGGCGGCAGCCGCUGGUCCCUCGGUGAUCCGCCUGAAGCCGCUCAGCGAACUGACGGUGUCGACGGCCGCCGGCUCCGGCUCCCCGCCGCCGCGGAUCCCCACCCCGCCGGGAAUCAGCCUCGGCUCCGGCGGCGAGCCGCGCAGCGAGGCCGACCUCAUGCUGCUCUCGAUGCAGGCCCGUGAGCGGCAACAGCAGCAGCGGCAACAGCAGCAGCGGCAACAGCAGCAGCAGCAACAGCAGCAGCAGCAGCAGCGACAGACAAAACUGAAGCCUCUGAGACCGUCUCCUCUUCCGCCGCCACCGGCUCGGCAGCACCCUCCUCCCCUACGGCCUCGGCCUCCGGAGAGUUCCAAACCACAGCCGCUGCGGAGGACGGCCGUCCCCGCGUCAGGCGGCCUGUCAAACGCCAACAGACCGAGCUCUUCGGACAGCAGGUCUGCCCUGAAGGCGGCCCAUCUCGCGGGCCCGUCGUCAGUCCGGUCUCCUGCGGAUCGUGUGGUUCCUGCGAACUCGUCGGCCGCGGACAAGGCCUCCCGGAAGGCGGUCCGUCGCGUGAAGUUGCCGGACAGAUCGCCGGCUCUGGACGCAGCGCGGCGCGCGGUGCGCGCGUGCCGGGAGCCGAGGCAGCCGGGCGGCCUGUCGGCCGACCGACAGCUCGCCGCCGCGCUCGAGACCAUGCUGGCCGGGCCGCUGCUGGCCGGCUGGAAGGCGGCCGACUUGGCGAUGCGCUCCAGCAGUGCGCGCGAGACGCUGUCCGGCCUCAUCAGCCACUUUGUCUUCACUGAGAAACUAAACAUACCGUUGCUGGGACAAGAAUCGCCAGAGUCGCCGCCAGCGACGCCGUCGGGCCCCGGCCGGCCGGGAGAGGAGCGGAACGGGCGCGUCAGCCCGCAGCCGGCGGCGCAGGAAGACGUGAAAGGGUUCAGUCUGCCGGCCGGCCUCUCCAUUACCCCGCUGGCUGACGAGGGACGGCCCGUAAAGGAUCGAUCGGAUGGGGACAGCGGCGGCAGUGGCCCGCACCAGGUGGCGCCCGACGGCGGCAGUGACUUCUCGAUCAUUCCGGUCCGCCAGUCCGGUCGUUCGCCCUCCCCCUCGGCCUCGCACACCGCAGACGCUUCGCAGUGGCUGGACCGGAAGCGGUGUGUGCGUCUGGUGCGCUGCUACCUGUGCAGCGCCAGCGGCUUCACCAGCUGGCUGAGGCUGCACGAGCACAUGGCGAGUCUGCACGCCGAGACCAACCUGCUGUUCCCGGACACUGCCGUGUGCAAGCCCGAGUCGCUGGUGGUGUGCGGCCUGUGUCCCAAGGUGUCGGCCAUGUUGGCGCAGAGUGAGCGCCACGCAUGGAAAGUCCACGAGCUGCAGCCGCUCUCGGUGCCGGCAGUGCUGCGCUGUCAUGACUGUGAACGCGAUAGCAUCGUCUCCGAUACCGGCAUCUUGCAUACGGUCAAGUGUCGCUCGUCUACGGUCCGUGACAUUUACACGUGCGUGCCGUGCGAGCUCGAACUGCUCAAUGCCGAUGAAGUGGCGGGGCAUCUGAACCUGCACGAUUGUGGCUCGAUGGGCCCUAUGUCUCGAUGUCAGCUGUGCGAGUUUCGCGGUUUCUUCAUCACUUGCCGUCAGCACGUGAUUGCGAAGCACCCGGAGCGGUGUCGCCUGCUGGGCUGCGCGCUGUGCCCCGAGUUCAGCACGGACAGCUGGUCGGAGGCCGAGCGGCACGUGUGCACGGAGCACCGCGCGCAGCCGCCGCCCGCGCUGCGCGCCUGCCCCGUGUGCCGGCUCCAGCUGGCCGGCGGCUCAGACACUCUACAGCGCCACCUGGCUCUGCACCGGAGCCUCAAGGUGCCGCGCUCGGUGGAGCCCCGGCGGCGGCCCGGCCCCCGCCGGAGGUGUCACACCUCCGGCCGACCGCCCCCGGGGGCCUCCGAGGCCAAGAAGCAGAAACUGGCGACGCCAGAGACGGAGGAGUGGGCUGGACCGCAGGCCGAUCCGGUGGCCAGGGUGAAGUCGGAGCCAGACUCCGCUGAUGUGGACGGUGAUGAGGACACUAUGUCCUUGCUGGAGAACACGGAGGACGCCAAACUGGCCAUGGACACGCGUGUCGAGCUGCAUAAACUGGACGUGUCGACUGACGCUGUCUGGACGCCGCCCAGCCCUGGCCCCUGUCUCAUGUCUGACAGCGAGCUUGUGGUGUCCGACAGCCGACUGACGCUGUCCGACAGCCGACUGACGCUGUCUGACGGUCUUAGUUGUCCGACGGGUAGCUAGUCAAGCGUCGUAUGAGGUGAUGGGCCCGAGCCAGUUGCCCAAGCUGCACCAGAUCGAGCUCAUCUCAGACGGUCUCCUGCUCAGUACAAUAAUGGUAGCAUGUCAGUUGUAUGGCGGCUGUGUUGUAAUUUAAUAACAAGUUUGCUGCGAUGUGUUCUUUUUUAUCACGCGUAUCAUUCGACAGAUCAUUUGUUUCAACCUAUAAUUCAUUCAACCCGUGCUGACUUUUUGACAUUGGGAAUCGGACUGUGCCUCACAAUGGCUGAGGUCGCUCUCGGGUUGCCCGAUCCGGCCAAUUUUGAUUGUUGAUAUCUGUAAUAUAAUAUGUGCUCAUCUGUUUA